CGCACCGCAACAAAAGGUAACUGGACACGUUGUUUUACCUUGACCAAAAGUACUCCUGCUUGCAUUCAUGCAUUUCCUUCCUGUCAAGCGUGUGUCAUUACCUGCAUCUGAUUCUUUUGUGCUUCUUGUGAGUGAAUUGUACAUUCCGAGGGUCGCCGCUGCGCGCUUUUACGCCUGAAGUCGGGCCUCCUGAAAGAUGUGGCUGUCCAGCGCCUGGUCGUCACUAUGGCUGCUGGCUGCUUGUGCAGCCAGCACGCGAGCCGCCGUCGAGGCGGAUCAGUCAAUGAAAAGUAUUCCGCUGCGGACACACAGUUUAGCACCUCCAUACCUCGACUCUGACAUGUCAAGUCGGUGGUUCGACUUUGGUGGCGACACCCUCGUACGGACCGACCAGUACGUUCGAUUGGCGUCUGAUACACCCUCACAGUCUGGCUGGCUGUUCUCGAGAAUACCGCUCACGGCGACGAAUUGGGAGGUCGAAUUUGAAUUCUCAAUACAUGGAAAGGGACAUCUACAUGGCGACGGCUUCGCGAUGUGGAUUACGAAAGACCGGGCUCAGCCUGGAUCUGUGUUCGGGCAUGCCGACAACUUCGAGGGCCUGGGAAUCUUCUUCGACACGUACAAAAACAACCGGCCUGGUGUGGUGUUUCCGUAUGUGAUGGGCAUGUUGGGCGAUGGCAAGACCACGUACGAUGCCGACAAUGACGGGAAAGCGAAUGAGAUUGGCGGAUGCUCGGCCCGAGGACUGCGUAGUGCCUCGGUUCCUACGAAAGCGAAGUUGACUUAUUUCCAAGACAAGUCGCUCAGCUUGCAAUUACAGUACAAGUCGACAGACGCAUGGAUCGAUUGUUUCAGCUUGGAAUCGACUCCAGAGUUACCCUUGAAAAUGCCGAAUACGGCGUACCUGGGUUUCAGCGCACAUACGGGCGAAUUAUCGGACAAUUUUGAUAUCGUCAGCGUCGAGACGAGGAACCUGUACAACCCUGUGGCCGCGAACACUGGCAGGGCUCAAGCCGCCGCUGCUAGAGCCAGCGGACGAGGGAGACCGGACAAGAAGAAGGGCGGAUGGGGAUGGUUUUUCUUCAAGGUGCUGUUAUUUGGUGGCCUUGUUGGUGGUGGCUACGUCGGAUACACCAAGUACUACAAGCCCAAGCAGCGGUAUACCGGGUUUUAGGCGGUGGUGCAGACAUGACUCUUCUGGUAUGUACAAACAAUGACGGCGAGUUUCUCAGGCCUUUUCAUCCUCAUACAUAUGACCGCAGCUUCCGAGCGUGAGAUUGGUCUGCCCCAAGUAAUGUGUUCAGGCUUGGAGCCGACAAACCAGUAAGCGUAGAGAUUCAUCACUGGCACAUGUAGUCUUCUUUAGUCGAGUACUCAGGUACGUUUAAUGCAGGUUUGUUGGAGCAGACUCAAAGUAGCUCAUAAACAUGCAAAUGACCUUUGCUGAUCUAGCCAGCACCGGCCCAAGGUCUGUUCUUGCAGCUCUACGGCAAACGACGCUCAACUAAGUUUCUUUUUCGCUUCUGCUUUCAAGAAUGCAACAAGGUUGGGGAUGUUUGGGUGAAUGAUGUCUCGUAAC